AUGAACGCCAUCACAACGUACCUCCAGAAAUGGAUCGAGGAGGAGCUUGAACAUGUCCCCUACAAGCCCAGCGAGCUCUUCUCCUCCAACCAUGACCACGCCGCCGCCUUCUGCGCCAAGAUCCUUCCUCCAUCACGCACAGAACACAACAUCUUCGUUCGCAACAGACACAAGCCAAUUGCACGUAUCGCCCGCUCGUCAGAGAAGCCGUCUGGCUUCUUCGCCAGCCUCUCCCCGCCACCAUACCUCUUCACCACGUUCUACUACACCACAAGCCAGGGAAUGCGGACCUCAUGCUCCCGCUCCGACCUCUGCCAAGCCUAUGCCACCCUUCAGUCCGAUCUCGACGACACGUAUCGCCGCCUAUCAGCCCUUCGGGACGUGUACGCCCUCCCCUUCGCCAGCGCCGUAGCGGGCCCAAUGGUCCGGUUCGAGUCAACCUUUGGCUCGCGGGUACGAGAGCUCGAGAGGCGAUGUGAGGCCAUCAUGGAGCGGGAAGAAUGGGCCCUGGACCUGUUCGCGUCGUACCUUGCCCAUCUGCAGCAUUUGGAGACGUACGGUACCCUGCCCCAGCAAUGGAGGGAGUAUCUGGGUCUCGACGCUGAAAUGGUCCGCCUCCCGCAUGCGAGGGAGAGUAUCUGGCUCAUGGACGGGAUGGAUGACUAUGUCUUCCGGGCGGCCAGGCUUAUCAACACGUCCAGUCUGCCCCCAGAGGUGCGCAGAUUGCACCGGGAUCUGAGGCAGGUUGCGCAGGAGAUGAUGGCGCAGAAGGGUUACGCUGCGUGCGUGAUCGAAAGGCUCCUUCCCCCAUCAAGCGAGAAGAGGCGGCCGCAGACUGUCGCUCCCCCAGCUUACGAGCCUCCCCCUCCGUACUCUCCGUAA